AUGACAAUCUCUCCCGCCCCAGCCCUGCAGCUGACCAGUGACAGCAAGACCUUCUGGAGGGUGGAAGAGGAGCUGAGCUGGUCUGAGGCCCUGGAGUGCUGCUGGCAGCACCGCACAGACCUGGGCGACCUGCAGAGCAUGAGCGACUGGAGCAACAUCAAGACCCUCUAUUCCCUUACCAGCAGCACCGCGGCCUGGAUCGGCCUCUCCUUCCACGUGCGCCUUGGGGGCCUGAGAUGGUCCAGCGGCUCCACCUUCAGCGAGGGUCUCUGUGCCACUCUGUAUUCAACAGCUAUUUUCCCCAGCCUGGGGGCCGCCUCGUGCACUGCUCAGAAGCCCUUCAUCUGCUACUACGGUGUGUUCAGAGUCAUAUUCUGGGCCUGGUCUCUGGAAUCAAUCCCUCAGGUGGUGCCAAAGCACUUCCUUUCCAAACUUCCCUUGUUUAGAAUCACAGAUGCUUGUGUGCUGCAGAUGAGACAGGCCUGGCCAGGGACAGGGCAGGCGGGGGCUGGAGCCGAGGUUCAGAUCGGCAAUCUGAACCUCAAGCGAUCUGACCAAGAAAGGAAGUGGCUGGCAGCUGUGAGGUACUGCUGCAGACACCACACAGACCUGGCUGACCUGCAGACAGUGACUGAGGAGACAGACAAGGAGGCCUUGAAAUCCAUCACGAGUAAGACUAAGGCCUGGAUUGGCCUCUACUUCAGUGUGGCCUCUGGGUCUCUGAGAUGGUCCAGCGACACGGGUGCCAGCGUCCCGACCUGGCUGCAGGUGCCUGAGUUCGGGGCAGGACUGUGUGCGGGUCUCCGCAGCUACUGGAGCUUCUCCCCCAGAAUUUCUGCAGUGGCCUGCUCUUCCCUGAAACCCUUCAUCUGCUUCGAUGGGGCCCUCCUGAGUUUGGCUCCUGUGACGGGAGGCUGGUCAUCAGUGUCUGGUGGGACCUCUCACAGGCGUGUCGGCUGUGGCAGACCUGGGGGUGCUGUGUCCCCCAUCAGCCCUGCCCUCACACUCACCGGUGGUGUUUUCUUGCAGACCCCACCAUUGGACACCGGGAGUCAGCAGCCCUCCCUCAGCUCUCCUACACACCCUCCUCAGAAGUCUCACCUGGCCCAGGCAGCACCUGGCGGGGUCAGGAGGCCCUCCGGCUUAGCCCUGUCUGCGAUGGGUGUGCAGGGCCGGGCGCGGAAAAACCGCGCGCCGCGGUCCACCCCCGCAUCCCCUCCCCGGCCGCUCGGCGCAGCGGGCCCCACGGAAGCCUUCUCUCUGGCGUAG